CAUAUUGCCCGCAAAAAUAAAAAAAUCCUACAAAGCAUAUGGUUCAUAUAAAUUAUGGAGUCUAAAGCGUCCUUCAUGCCGGAAAAUCAGCCGUUUGUGUAUAUAUGUAAAUCUGUUUGAGUGGACGAACCGGUGGUAUCUCGCUGUUGAAAAGAUUUCACAAUGCCCAUUGAUUUUUUGGAAAUCGAUGGUAAAUAUCUGGAAGGUGGUGGUCAAAUCCUGCGUAAUGCUCUCAGCUUCAGCUGUAUUCUACGACGACCUGUUCGCAUCGUCAAUAUAAGAGCAAAUCGACCCAAUCCCGGGCUCUCCAAUCAACAUCUGUUUGGCUUGAAUCUUUUGGUGCAAAUUACCGAUGCCCAGGUUAAUGGAAAUCAAAUGAAAUCUACCCAAGUAGAAUUCAAUCCUGGCAAAAUAAAACAUGGUAAAUAUUUUGUAAAUACUCAAACGGCUGCCAGUAUAUCAUUAGUUUUGCAAACUGCCUUGCCGGUACUGGCUUUUGCCGGGGGCAAAUCUGAAUUGGAACUUGUGGGUGGCACUAAUGUGGGUAUGGCUCCACAAGUUGACUUUCUGACAGAAGUUCUGAGACCAAAUUUAGAACAGCUUGGGGUAUCCUUUGAUUUUGAUCUCAUGACGAGAGGUUACUAUCCUCGUGGAGGUGGUCGUUGUAAGGUGUAUGUACCACCGGUGAAGUGUCUCAAACCAAUAAAUCUUACAGAAUUUGGCCAAGUACAAGAGACUGUGGGUUGGUGUUUUGUAGCUGGUCGUUUGCCGCCCAAUCUUGCCGACAAUAUGAAGUCAUCAGCUGAAAAGGAACUAGCAACUCUCAAAAACAUACCACCUUGUCAACUGGAGGCCUAUAAAGAAUCUCCAGAGGUUGCGCGUGAUAAUGGUUCUGGUGUCAUCUUGAAAGCAACUACAAGUUCUGGCUGUGUCAUUGGUUCUUCGACUUUGGGCGAGAAAAAAGUCGAUGCCCAUGAAUUGGGUUCUAAAGCUGGUCUAGAACUUGCUCAACUAAUUUCACAACAGGUGUGUGUGGAUCAAUAUGUACAGGAUCAAUUAAUUAUCUAUAUGGCCUUGGCCAAGGGGCAGUCGAAAAUUUUAACAACUCCUUUGACAAAUCAUACAAAGACGGCAAUAUAUGUAGCCGAGAAAAUGUGCGGAGCUCGUUUCACCGAGGAAAAGGUAAAUGAACACCAUGUACUUUUAACGUGUCAAGGUAUAGGAUACACAAGUCAAAACUAAAAAUAUAAAUAAAAACCUAACAAGAAUAUA